AUGACUGCAUUCGAUCCGCAGCUACUGGGCAAUUUGUACGCAACACCAGCUUUCCAGCGCGAUUUUGGGUACCUCUACGAAGGCUCAUAUAUCGUUUCGGCUCCAUGGCAAACGGGCCUGAGUAUGGGCAGCCCCAUUGCAUACCCGAUGGAAUGGUUUGGCCGUAAGAAGACGUUCGGCGCAUGCGUGGUUCUGACCGCGAGCUUCAUCUUUAUCCAAUUCUUUGCUCGAUCACUCCCUAUCCUUCUCGUCGGAGAGCUACUGGGUGGUCUGGUUCUGGGCACAUAUGCGACCAUAGCCCCAACAUACGCCUCGGAAGUCUGCCCAGUAGCCCUCCGCGGCAUCCUAACAUCCUACAUAAACCUCUGCUUCGUAAUCGGCCAACUAAUCGCCAACGGCAUCUGCAAAGGCACGUCCACCCUAAACACACACUGGGCCUACAGUGCCCCCUUUGCAAGCCAAUGGUUCUGGUGCCUCAUAAUCCUGCUCGGCUUCCCCUUCGCGCCUGAAUCACCCUGGUGGUUAUGUCGACAGGGUCGACUCGAGGAUGCGGAGAAGAGUCUACGCAGACUCGCGAGUGAGAGAGUCGAUGUCAAACCCACGCUGGCUAUGAUUAUCGAGACGGAUCGACUGGAGCUGGAGAUGGAGGCGGGGAGUACGUAUUGGGAUUGCUUCAAGGCUAUCAAUCGACGACGGACGGAGAUUGCUGUUGGGGUCUAUUCUAUCCAGGUCAUUUCUGGUAUUUAUCUGGUCGGGUAUGCUACGUACUUCUUCACGCUUGCGGGGCUGGACACUUCGAAGGCUUUCGAUAUGUCCAUUGGCUUCCUUUCGCUCGGCUUCGUGGGCACGAUCUUCUCCUGGGUGCUUCUGGUUCGCUUCGGUCGGCGUGUCAUCUACAACACGGGGCUGGCUAUGCUUGUUAUACUUCUACUGAUCAUCGGCAUUCUUGAUUGUGUCCCGAAUUACACCAAUAGACCUGCCAUCAUCUGGGCGCAAAGUUCUCUGAUGCUCAUCUGGAACUUCUGCUAUGACUUUAGCGUCGGCCCGGUGUGCUUCGUUAUCUUGUGCGAAGUUUCGGCCACAAAGCUGCGUAGCAAGACUGUAGCUGUGGCGACGGCUGUCCAGGCGUUCCUUGGUAUAAUCAUGACCAUCGCUAUUCCAUAUCUUAUCAACCCAGACCAGGCAAAUGCACGUGGCAAGAUCGGCUUCUUCUUCGGUGGCCUAGCGGGCGUCGCAUUGAUCUGGUCGUACUUCCGUGUCCCGGAGACACGCGGCAGGACGUAUGAAGAGCUCGAUCUCAUGUUCUCGCGAGGCGUCAAGACAAGGGCCUUCAAGUCGUAUAGGCUGGAGUAG